UCAAUCCACAUUCACGGCAUUCACAGUGCGGCCCCUACCGAUAGCAGGGACACGAAUCACGCGACACACACUCACACUCACACACGCAGACACGCACGCACGCUCACACACGCACACCCACGGACACACUGACAGGUGUGGUAACGGCGCAGCGUGGCUGAUUGACGGGCAGGAGUGAAAACCGCAGACACAGGUGACAAAAGGGAGAAGACGACAGGUACAAUCUCUCGCGCUGUUACAGUUCCACCUUGACAGUUCGCCCGUUUACAGGUAGACCGCCACACCACUCACCUGUGUGGGGAGGGGGUGGCUAGCUCACGUCAGCCAUUUGAAACCUUUUGCCGCGCAGGUGUGUGUAGACAGAAAGGUGUGCGGAAUCGUGUACUCCAGGUGAUGUGAUCGACAGCGGCGAGCGGACGUGGGGAGUGUAUUCACCGACGUGUCCUGAGGAUAAGCGUGCUUAUCCAGUCAGGCCUGAUGCCGCCAUGAAGCCUUACCCCGGGGGUAGGCGUGGAGGACUGCAUGUGUUACCGUUAGGAACCUUGUGUGUCGUCGCUGCCCUCGUGCCACUGGCGGUGGGCAGCGUGCAUCAGAUUCUGUGGGGACGAUGCUAUGCUCACUGUCUGGAGAACCACCUGGCCACCGAGUCUCCUGAGGACACAGACCAGUCCGGCACGGCUUUCAGAAGCGCCAUUCAGACUUGCCAGAGACACAAUGUGUGUAAAUGGUGUCUUUAUGUCUGUGAGCGACCGGAAGACCAGUACACAGAUUCUGAAAACUGUCUCCAUGAUUGCAGAAACACGCGGACGAACAGUCGGAGUGCCAGUCGACAGGCCUGUGUCCAUGCUUGCAGCUUUGUCAGCCUGACAGGAGCCUCCAAGACUGGCAACUGUCCGGCACCGGACACGCUGGUGGGGUUCGAAUCUGCCUGCGUGGAGAGUUGCCAUGGUGACGCAGACUGCCCCAACGCCCGGAAAUGUUGCCACAACGGCUGCGGCAAAGUCUGCACUGAGCCGCAUGACCCGGAAGCGCUGCCGGAAGUGCCCAGCAACAUCACCUUCCGCCUGCUGGGCAAUGGCGGCGUGCUGGUGCGCUGGGAGUUGAUGCCAACAGACGACCUCCGACCUCUGGGGCCUGUCGUCUACAUCCUGCGCUGGUGGUGCCCCUACAUCUCUGGCGUCGUCACCGAGCUCACCGAUCAGACAAAGAUGCGACUGAAGGGCUACCCGACCGGCAUCUACCCGGGGGCGAAAUGUCACUUUAUGGUUGCGUCAGUUAACACCCACGGGUCACGAGGCUUCUCGAAGGUCGCGCCAUAUAUCAAGAAGUUCAUGCCGCCGUCGCCCCCGGAGCACCUGGAGGAGGCCCGCAGCAUUGUUAAAGACGGGAAUGUGGAUGUGAAAAUACAGUGGCAACCUCCUCUGUACACAGAUGGGCUGCUGAUACACAAAUAUGAGGUAUCUUGGAGUGACAGUCUUCCUCCUGCAAGCCCCAACUACAUGCGUCUUCAUAUGAAUAAAAGAGACGUGCCACCGGAUCAGAUGAGCUUCACCUUACAUUCUUUGAGCCCUGGCACCAUUUACUUCGUGCAGGUGCGAGCGGUAGUUGAAUGGAAAGGUCGGAGAAAAAAAGGACGGCCUGCCUCAACUUACAUUGAAGUCUACUCACCCCCACAGCAAGCACCUAAUGGCGGUCAGGGAAGAUUUUCUGGAGACAGGGAAACUGAGAGCGACAUUGAAAGCUUGACAGUCAGUCAGGCCUUCUUCCAUGAUAACAUCCUCAAGGCAUCGUUGACCUGGAAGCUGAAGUCAGGCAAGAGGGCGAGGAAGUACCUGAUCUACUGGAAACCACAGACCUGUGCGACGCACGUGCAACACAGAAAGAGGCAGGACAGACCAGAGACCUCGGCCACGUCGCAUGACGAGCAGUUCAGUCUCUACAACCUGCAGCCGGAGUGCGAGUAUGCUGUGAGCGUGCAACCAGUGAGCCAUACGGGCCGCAAGGGCCCACCCGUGGUGACGAGUUUCCAGACCCUACCCUGCCGCCUGAUAGCCGCGCGGGAUGACCAGCAGCCGCGGUGUGAAGUGUUGGAACGCCCUGACAAAGUUAAGGGACUUCACACUGAGACAGUUGCUUGCAGGACAGUAGUCAGGUGGACACCCAUACUGGCCGGAAGUGAAGUGGUCAGCUACUUGGUCAGAUGGGGACAGAGUGAUGAAGCUUACUUCUCGUCCUCCACAGUCAUAUUCACCUCUGAUCCAGAGGAGCUGCAAAUCCCAGCUAAUGAAACUGCCGUUAAUCUGGGUUACCUGGAGCCAGGCCGUCACUACACAGUACAGGUAAUGGGUCAGUCAUCUGCCGGACCUGGCCAGCCCACAGUGCAACAUUUCACCGUCCCUCUGACCACAGCAGCCUGUUCACAAGAACAAUCCUCCACAGCUACAGCUCCUGUGAAGACUGUUACAAGUUCCGCUGAAACUGUGACUCCAACGGUCACAAACAGCACCAGUCCUGAAGGCUACCAUAAUACUCACCACAUGAACAUCACCCUUCGUAAUAGCAGCAUAAGCAGUGGACGAACGUUUGGUGGCUUUGACACUGGUGACAACCAUCGCCAGAAUGUAAGCUCAACAGACAACAGCAACGAUGGUGUCACGGACUUGGCAAAAGACAAGAACAGUUCAGAUGCCUUCAACACCACUCAUAGUUUUGGAGCAUCGUCAACACCUCUACCAAGGACAAACAUAACGCAGGGAGGUGCUGGUGGCCCUGCGAGCAGCAGCGGAGACCACUUACAUACUUCCCUCCUGUGCCUGGUGUCACAUCUUGUCAUCGCCAUGACAUUUGCAGCCAAAGCUUUAUGUACAUAACACAUACCACACAGUAUCACAUGUAUUUUGCUGAGUCACUGGAAGAUUUGUUAAUGAAAACAAAUGAGUGGAUGAAAAUGAGCAAAAGCAUCUAGGAAGAAGCAAAGAGUGAAUGAACAGAAGAGAGGAAGGACACAGGAGAAUCCAAAGAAAAGGGUGGGGAAGGGAUGAGGAGGAAGAGAGAAAAUGAAGAUGAGAAUGAGAUGAAUGAUGAUGUGGAAGGAGAGAAAGAAUAAUGUGGAAGUAUACAAAGAAAGAGAGAGUGAAAGAAUUGCUGAGUAUGUAAAAAGAGAAAAAUUCAGUAAAAUAUGAACUAAGACAAUGAUCAAUGAUGAAAGACUUUGCAUUAAUUUGAGUCCAAGUCAUACAUAUCCUGUUUCAUAACAAGGCCUGCUGGGCUGAGCUAGACUUACUCUUUUUACACCAAUGGCUGACUUAGUUUGCUUGUAGCUGUAUGGUAGCAGAGGGUAGAUAAAAGGAACUUGGUUACCUUCCCAUGUACAAAACAAAACAAAAUGGCAAGUGCUGGUUCAGAUGGAAUUGGGUUUACACCCUGGCUAGUAAUACUAACAUAGAUUUUUUUAUUUGGAAGAUAUUAUUUAUAUUGUCUUGUCUUUUAGAUUACUUACAUGUGUCAUAUUUUCCUUGUGAUUUCUGAUAAUCUGAUGUCAUUACAAAAACAGGCUUUUGUCAGUUUUAAGUAUUCCACAAGGUCCAAAACAUCUAAUCCAAAAUGUACAAUAAAUAAUAGCAGUGUGAUGUGUGCUGUUAGUCGAGUUAUUUAGCAUUAAUAACAUUGGUGAACAGAAAUUAGUCUUACAAUUAACUUAUUAUGAACCCUGACAAUGCUCACCAUCAGAUAGAUUGACAAACACUUGUUAUCUAACUGUAGUUAUUAUGAUUAGCCAAUGACCUAAAACCAUGUAUGCACACUGUAAUAGAAUUGAUGCAGCCCUUUUACCACUCAGGGUCACAUACACCAGCAUGGUAGGUGUCAAGUUCCAAUACUGUUUAAGUUUCUUGCUUAUAAAAAAAUGUAUUAUGAGUGGUAAAAUGGCCGGAUAAUGGCUUCAGCAAGCUAAUCUGUUACAAUGCAUUUCAGGGUUUAACCAUUAGGUUUAGAUCAACGGCAUUGCUUUGUGGCUAGUCAUCUUCAAGCAGAACCAGCCAGGGUCUGUUAGUUUCAAAUCAGUGUUGCUGACUGAUAAAAAUAAAGUUACUUUGGAUCACAAGGUGUGGGCGUGAGUGAGAGUAGAAAUAGACUUUAAGUAAUGAAUUCAUGAAUAUAUGGAAGAUAAAAGUGAGAAAAUGCACAACAAAAUUUGCCUAAUAUCACAGGCUAAUAAUGCCCAGGAUUUUCUGUUCACAGCUUUCUAUUUAUCAAGAUGUUGUACAGUAAAUGGUUGGUGCAUAGACCUUACCAAGUUAUUCUGAAAUCUAUAGUUGGUGGUAAAUACAGCAUUUAAUAUAAGUUGAUAAUUUUUGGUGAUCUUGAUUGUACUUCCUUUUUCUGUGACAAUAAUUCUCACUAAAUCACUCUCUUUUUACUGGACAUUUGUAUUUGAAACUUCGGUUUGUAAAGGUAUGGAAAUGAUGGCUUAUUUGGUAUUGUUUAGUUGGUCAUCAACUGCAUGUAUAUGGUGUUUCAUUUUAUCAACGCCAUAUUCAAAUUUUUUAGCCAUGAUGGUAAGACUGUAACUACCAUGUUUCCCUGAAAAUAAGCCCUAGAAUAAUUCAGGAUGCUCAGGCAUAGGCCCUACUCCAAAUAUAAGCCAUAGUUAAGAUCGUCAGCCAGAGGGAUGUCAUUAGUUCAUUGAAACACACGACAGAUUAAAUUAUAAAGUAAUGAUAUUAUAAAAAUGGUAACAUUAUGAGUCUUGAUGAUGUUCCAAAAGAUGAUGAUGUGACUGUAUAAUUAUAAAUGUAGAUUUUUGUAUGUGAAUAUAAAUGUAGCUUUUUGUACAUGAAAAAAAUUAGACAUCCCCUGAAAGUGAGCUCUAACACCUCUUUUAGGAAAACUUAAUAUAAGAACCAAUCAUUUUGGGGUAAACAUAGUAUGAUGCUAGCUUUAGGCAGAAAGUCCUUUCACAGAAUGGCAUUGUUUGGAUAAACAUGCUAAGAAGGAAUGAUAAUAAAUUAAGAUGCUUAUUUAUUUAUGAAUUUAAAAAAAAUCAAAACAUGACUAUCAAGUUAAGAAUUUAAGAAAUUAAAUUGUAGCAUCAAACUAGUAAAUGAAUGUCUGGCUCCAUGGUGAAAAAAGACAACAUUGUUGUAAGUUGAAGUGUCAAUGCAUUGUGAAAAAUGUCAGCUGGGUGCAGGGACAAACUCAUGUUUCUAAAUUACAGCAUCAAAAGACUGAAUGAAUGUCUGGCUCUAUAGUGAAAAAGUUUUGUUGUAGCUAAGUGAGUGUCAAUGCCUUGUGAAAAAUGUCAGCUAUACAAACUGGUACUUUUAAGAUUGGCCAAAAGUUGCAUAAAGAGGUGGGUUGAGGGUAGAAAGAGAAGUGGCAUUUGAAACUGAACCCAUUAAAUAUUAACAAGCACACAAACAAAUCAGAAACCACCAUAUACCUCCAUGUUAUGUAUUAUGCCACUCUUGCAAUAAUCAUGCAUAUCAUGUUAAGUAGCCAUUUUCUAGGUGCAUGUACAUUAAAUCCCUUGCUGAUGCAUACCUCUCUUACACCAGUGUCUUGUGCAGCUGCAUUGUCUUCCUUUUCAACUGGUCCACCGUUCCCAGAUGUAGCUGAUCAUUUAGAGGUAUUAGAUUGUCACAAUUUACCCCUGACAUGCACAAAAUAUCAAACUGUUUGUGGCAGAUUUGUGAUGCAGAAGUCAGGGUUCUCUCUUCAGCCAUUCAAAUGUGCACAAAGAAAACAAAGUAAUGUAAAUAUAUUUACAUGUCUAAAACCAGAAAACUGCAAUUACCUGCUUUGUAAGCCUAUUUGUUAGUACACAAACUGUUUCACUGUCUCAUCUUUGCAUCUGAGCACUGAUAAGUGCAAACUUUUUUCUUUUCUUUUAAACUCAAAGUAUUUGACCUAGUCAUGUCAAAUAGCAACAAAUAUUAAUACUACAACAGUGGAUAGCAUUUUCUCAUACAUUUUGCCUCCCUCAAUCAUCAUCCUUUUUAUGCAUGAGCAUCUGUUCAAAACUAAAAAUUAAUAACUUAUUAAGAAAUUUUUAAAACAGAGAUCAGCUGCGGAAAUUGUAAAUGGUAGAAAACAGUAAUCAAAAGAAAAUAGAUGACAGUAAAAACUAGAAAGCUACUUUUAUUGUCAAAAAUGGGAGGUUUUGAGAUGCUUGAAUUUGGGUUUAUUACUGUUAAACUGGCACAUAUGCUGUUUCCUGGCAACAUCUAUAAUUUUAAAGUACUUUUAAAAAAAAUCAUUAGUUGAAAAUGUCUAUACAGUCACAGAUCAAGUAGUGCCACUGAAUUGUCAUAGAUCAUGCCUACAUUUAAUAAAAAAUACCUUAAUUAUUUCUAAUAACAAUAUUUCCCUUUACCAUCAUAAAAAAUGAAUUUUAAUUAUUAUGCUCUUAUCUUUACAGGUACAUCAUCCUAAUCUUAUUACAUAUUUUAUAAAUUUCUACGAAAUGAGUCCACAUAUUGUCUAAAAAAAUGUAAUGCAUAGCAUAACUUGAAAGCAGAAGUUUUAAGUUUCCACAGUAAACAAAAGCCAAAUGUUCUACAUAUAUAAAUAUUAAUAUAAUUUAAGUCAUGCUUUGCUAAUAUAAUUAUUACACUAGUUUUAUUUUGUUUAUAGGCAUCCAUUACUUACCCUUAUCAACUUAGUUUGAUUUUGCUUUGAUAUAACAUCAGCUAGAAUACAUGGUAUAAAAACUUCUUUUUUGAAUCUGCUAUUCAUUGGUCAAACAGAUUUUCACUACGUUCUUUGGAAUCCUAAAAGAGAUACUAUUUUAAUAGUCGAUGCCUCCUAAGAAAUGUUUGCAUAAACAAUUUCUACGAGAGCUUACCUUUGUUUUGUAGUUGUAAUUACUACAAAGGACAUAAAUUAAAAGGGUAAGUCUGUUCUUUUUGUGAAAUGCCUGUGCGAGCUUGAGUAAAUGGGGAACAAGACUUUAAUGUACAGUAUGUCAUUUACACAGUUAACGCAUAAAGGAUUAAUGUUUACCUUCUGUUUUGUUCUCUAUUUACCACUUUAACAAUUAAAAGCCACAUAUGCUUAAAGUUCUCAAUGAGAUAAAGUUAAAAGGCCUUGUUAAGGACAUAAAACUUUUGCCAUUUCUUGCUAUAAAUGCAUGUUUGUGCAUGUGAGUAAUUGUCUGUGCGUGCAUGCAUCAGUGGUUAAAAAUAAAUACAAUCUAAUCAUAUAUAUUUUAUAAUCCAUUAAAUACAAUUAUCCCCCCAGCUAAAAAAUAAAAAACAGCAAAACAACAAAUGAAAAAACCUGGUACAUUAUAUUGGAUCAUUCAUUAAACUGGAUGCUUUACUCUGAAGUAUUUUGCACAUAGUUGGAACCGGGCAAGCUCCAAAAUUUUCAAUAGAGAUUAAAAUGUGAAAGUCCCA